AUUGGACUUCGAUCAACUUACAUACAUACAACAUCGUACAGGUUACUUUACCCAUAUCCACGAUAAUCAACUGGACAAUUCAAUUUCGCGACGAGACGUCAAAAGAUAUUGUUGCGUCUAGGCUCUCGUGAUGAAAGCUGUGAUCGCUAUCCCUGCGACGCUCGCCCUCGUUUACCGGGCUUAUUCGCACAAGUCGCUUACGCCGCUCGGCAUCUUGACUGCUGCGCUGACCGCUGCCGCCCAUGCUGUUCACCCCUGGAAUUUACCUUUCGUGCUUCUCUGCGUCUUUUUUCUAGCCGGGACUCGUGUCACCAAGAUAAAGGCAAAUGUUAAAUCAGGCCUUACGUUGCACUCUCGGGGAAGCGCUGGCGGCGAGGGCCCGAGGACACACAUCCAGGUGCUCGCAAACUCUCUAAUGGCCUCUAUUCUGACUCUUAUGCACGCCUACCAGCUCCGCGCGCGGCGAGAUACGGUAGUUACCCAUAGGGAGAUUCCGGAAGGCUCAUUCUGUUAUAGAUGGCGCGGAGAUGUAUUAGUUCUCGGCAUAAUCGCUAAUUAUGCCGCUGUUUGCGCUGAUACUUUCUCCUCCGAGCUAGGCAUCUUAUCGCGCAGCUCCCCAAGAUUGAUCACGUCUUUCUCACUGCGAAAGGUUCCUCCGGGCACCAACGGAGGCGUCACACUAUGGGGAUUGGUUGCUGGCCUCUUAGGGUCUAUGAUUAUAGUCGCUACUGCUCUAAUGUUUCUUCCCUUUUGUGGCGAGGAUACAAGGGGUAAGGUUGGCGGCGGUGAGAGUUGGACUACUGGUCAGAAAGCUACGCUAGCUUGGUCAUUAAGUCUAUGGGGUGCGUUGGGCAGUCUGUUGGACAGCUUUCUUGGAGGCUGGUUCCAGAGGAGCGUUCGAGAUGUGCGUUCGGGAAAGAUUGUCGAGGGCGAAGGCGGACUUCGCGUCUUAACAUCUCCAUCGGACGCGGAACCUCAUGCGCGCCAGGAUACCGAAAAGAGCGCCACCACCAAUAUUAAAGCAGGCAUACUAGGUGGGGAAGGAGGCGACGCUGUCGAGAGCCUAUCGGAUCUUUCCAAAGACGGUACAGCCGACUCUUCCAAGGAUCCUUAUGACCCAAAGGAUAGGCAUCGGAGUUCUCAUUUUGGCGACCGGAAGCCUACCCGAGUGGCCGAAAGUGGAUUUGAUUUGCUAGAUAAUAAUGACGUCAACUUCCUAAUGGCCUUUACAAUGAGCGUCGGUGCAAUCGUGCUCUCUGGUUGGUAUUGGCAAGUACCUCUGGAGGAUAUCUUGAAGUCCUGAACGCACAGGAAAAGAGAUAGUUUCUUGAUGGCAGAUUUACGUUGGCUGAUGGUUGAAUUUGUUACAGACUACCUAGGUACCUAAUCAAUUUGAAUUCUGACAUGAAUAUGAAGUUGCUACGUACAUAGGUAUGUACCUAUUUAUCAGCAUCACUGUAAGGCCAUAAAAGUCUCCAGUAACCUUGGAUAGUUUGGUGUUCCCAAUCCACUUGUUGGGUCCCACCCUUCCACAGCCUGAAAGCCUUCUAUAUCGCAUAUAGAGUUGUCGCCAGUUACAAUGUCAUCGAAGAUUUCGGGAUUGGCAUAAAGAACGGGAUUGACAAAUCCCACAGUCGACUUACCGACCGCAAGCCUCUCCUCGUUGAUACGGUUAAUCAUAGCACCGACCAAUGGAGUAGCGGCCGAGGUGCCAUCGGCGACAUCGAGCUCGCCCAGCACGGCCACAGCAACAUUUUUACCAAGGGCCGAGAUAUCGGGAAACCCACGACCAGAGCUAUUGUACAUACUUGAGCGACCUGGAUUGUGUUCUGCGAAAUAGGCGGAAACGACAGAUUGUUGGUACGCUGGUGUUGGAUAGUACCACGAGAAUCCUCCAGAGGAGGCCCAACUUGUGUCUUUGGCUACGGUCUGGCUGCCAUUGGACAGCAGCAUCGUGGCACCGACUGACGUGACGUACGGACAG